AUGAACAUAGAUGAUGCGGUUAGAGAAGACACUAAUCUUUUCAUCAUUGACGAAGUUGGUAAGAUGGAGUUAUACAGUUCGUCAUUCUUCCAUGCAGUUCUAAAAGUUUUGGAGUCAAAUAUCCCAAUUUUGGCUUCCAUUCUAGUUCCAAAAUUUGGCCGAGAUAUACCUGCAGUUGCAACAUUGAGGAAUCAUGCAGGAGCAACUUUGUUUACAUUGAGUGUUAGUAACAGAGACGCUGUUCGAGAACAGAUACACUCACUUCUGGAAGAUCUGUUGAUAAAACACUAG